CUCUACUGUGUCUUUGGAGUCUGGUCAGAACUUGUCUUUUGAAUGUGUAAAGGCAUCAAGCCCGUCUCACCGUGGCCACAAGGUGAGAGCCUGGACAUUGAAGGAGACCAAGGAUCAUUUGUAUUUACACGCAGCUUGUGUUCAAGGAUCAGAGAACUGAACUCUCUUGCUGAGUCACAGCUGUUAUUUGGUUGCCCAAGGGGGAGUGGGAGGGAAUACCAAAGAGUGACUGUGGGAUUACAGCGAUGGGGACAGGCGAGAAUGACUUAAUCUGGCUCCAGAACAGGCGGGUUGUGGGGGAAGUAGUGAUUCUCCGCGCCGUUUGAGCAAACCAGUACCUGACUUAACAGGAGCUUGGAAUGUAUCUGCUGACUGCCUGGAUCGCAAAGGAUAAAAAAGAGGACAGAUCACACGAAUCAGUGAAGUGGGAAAUAUUACCCCUAUUGUAGAGACUAAGAAACCGAGGCGCAAACUGACUCUACCCGGGUUUCUCGGCGGUCAGGGCCCAGCCAAUCUCAGUUUUCACUCGUUACCCCUGGGCCCCUCCCACCGCAACCAGCAGCCGGCAACGCAACCCACCCCACCCACCUCACACUUCCGGAUUCCGCUCCUCCCACCAGAUAGUACUUCCGGCCUCCUGCCGAUGGCCGCGGCAGGGAACUGUGGGACGGCAACCAUGGGUGCCAGGUAAAGCUGAAACCAGUGGGGCAUGGCUGCAGCCCUACAGGUCUUGCCUCGUUCGGCCAGAGCCCUGUUGCGCCCACUUCUCUUGGGGAGCCCAGGGGCACGGCUGGCCAGUGGCAUGGCCCUGGCAGAGCAGGCUCGCCAGCUAUUUGAGAGCACUGUGGGUGCCGUGCUGCCAGGCCCCAUGAUACACCGGGCACUGUCCUUGGACCCCAGCAACGGGCAGCUGAAGGUACAGGACCGGAGCUUUCAGCUGCAGCAAAACCUUUACCUGGUGGGCUUCGGCAAAGCUGUGCUGGGCAUGGCAGCUGCAGCUGAGGAGCUACUGGGCCAGCAUCUUGUGCAGGGUGUGAUCAGCGUUCCCAAGGGGAUCCGUGCUGCCAUGGAGUGCACUGGCAAGCAGGAGAUGCUGUUGAAGCCCCAUAGCCGUGUCCAGGUAUUUGAGGGUGCAGAGGAUAAUCUGCCAGACCAUGAUGCUCUGCGGGCUGCACUGGCCAUCCGGCAGCUGGCUGAAGGUCUCACAGCUGAUGAUGUGCUGCUUGUGCUCAUCUCAGGUGGGGGCUCAGCCCUGCUGCCUGCCCCCAUCCCACCCGUCACACUGGAGGAGAAGCAGACACUCACCAAGCUGCUGGCAGCCCGAGGAGCAACCAUUCAGGAGCUGAACACCAUCCGGAAGGCCCUGUCCCAGCUCAAGGGUGGGGGCCUGGCUCAAGCUGCCUACCCUGCCCAGGUGGUAAGCCUGAUUCUGUCAGACGUGGUGGGGGAUCCUGUGGAAGUGAUUGCCAGCGGCCCCACUGUGGCCAGCGUCCACAACGUGCAAGAUUGCCUGCACAUCCUUAAUCGCUAUGGCCUUCGUGCUGCCCUGCCAUGUUCUGUGAAGACUGUGCUGGCUCAGGCUGACUCUGAACCCCGUGGACCACACACCUGUGGUCACGUCCUCAAUGUGAUCAUCGGCUCCAAUGUACUGGCACUGGCUGAGGCCCAGCGGCAGGCUGAGGCGCUGGGAUACCGGGCGGUGGUGCUGAGCUCAGCCAUGCAGGGUGACGUGAAAAGCAUAGCUCACUUCUAUGGACUGCUGGCCCAAGUAGCUGGAGCCUACCUCACCCCAGCUAGGGCUGGAGUCUCUGUGGAGGAUGAACAACUCCAUAAGCUGGCAGCUGAGCUCCAACUCCCAGACAUACAGCUGAAGGAGGUUCUGGAGGCCAUUGCAGGGGCUAGGGGCCCCGUCUGCCUGCUGGCUGGUGGCGAACCCACAGUGCAGUUGCAGGGCGCGGGCAAGGGUGGCCGGAACCAGGAACUAGCCUUGCGUGUUGGAGCAGAGCUUGGACGACGGUCACUGGGGCCUGUUGACGUGCUGUUUUUGAGUGGUGGCACUGAUGGGAAGGAUGGGCCCACAGAGGCAGCUGGGGCCUGGGUCAUGCCUGAGCUUGUCAACCAGGCCACCACCGAGGGCCUGGAUGUGGCCACCUUCCUAGCCCACAAUGACUCACAUACCUUCUUCCGCCAUUUCCAGGGUGGAGCCCACCUGCUGUACACCGGGCCGACAGGCACCAAUGUCAUGGAUGUCCACCUCCUGUUCCUGCAGCCACGGUGAUAGCAUAGGUCAUGUUUUGGGUAUCCAGAGGAGGUCUAUAGGGCAGGGUCCUGGGGCAGACCAGAGUCAUUCCCCAGGGUCUCACCAGGCCUUAGGAACCCCUCCUCUUCUUGGCCCAGGCUGUGUGGUUGGCCCUCAUCCCUCCCACCCAGGGCCUCUGUUCCAUGUGCAUUCCCCAACCAGACUGGCUGUCUUCUACUCGUACUUUCAGCCAUGGCAGCAGGUACCUGAGGACCAGAACACGUCCUUCGGGCAGUUCACAGUUGUCCCCCAGGCAUCCCUUCUGCCAAGCUCCUGAGCCUGUUUUUUCUGGGGGUGAAGCAAGAAGGACUGAAAAUAAAAAGGACCACACUAUGGA